AUGGCGUCUAGAGACGCACACUUCCAUUUUUCGAUUGAUGAGUGUGCCGUGUCGUUGGAGGAUGUGGCGAUAAUUCUCGGUCUGCCGACAAACGGAGUUCCGGUUACAGGACCAAUGAUGAGUAGUUUCGAGGCCAUGGAGGCCGAGGGUUUGAAGGAUCGCAUAGUGUUGACUGAUGAUAUUCAGAUUCAGAGGUAUGUCAAGUGUCACAUAAUGUUGUUAUUUGGGACAAUUCUGUUUGGUGACAAGUCUGGUGCAGCGGUGCAUUGGAAAUUUCUGCCUUUGCUCUGUGACUUUGCGGGGAUCAUACAGUAUAGUUGGGGUUCGGCAUGCCUCGCGCACAUGAACAGAUCAUUGUGUAGGGCAACCCGUGUCGACUGCAAGGAGAUCGAUGGUCCGCUUACACUUUUGCUUGCUUGGGCUUGGACCCGUCUCCCAUUUCUUGCCCCGAUUCCUGGCAAUCCCCGAGUGUUUCCGAUCGCAAACAGGUGGCGCAACUGGGAGCGUGAGAAUUUUGCUUACCGAUAUAAUACGCUUGCGCACUACAGGAGGUUGCUAGAUGAUUUGCAAGAAGGACAUUCAUUUGAUAGUCACGAUGUGUCCAGUUUGUGUGGCAGGCUUAUGGCAUUGACUUCAUUGAGCCGGACGUGGUUCUACUAG